GGAGCUUCAGUUUUCUCCACAUUUGCAACCUUGUGAGACGUUCUUCUUCUGGCACCGGGACCCAUUUACGUGAAAACUCUUUGUGUAACUGGAAAGUGAUUCAUUUAGAAGGAAUUCAGUGGAUUAGUGGUAUAGACUCGGUUUUGUGAUAUGGAAGAGUUAUUCAACGACGCCGAGAAAGUGAAGUGAACCUUACUGAAAUAAAUUUUGCAGAGGAAAUUUCCAGGAGGAAAAUGGAUAUAAAGGAAGAGCUUGGAGAAUGGGUGUGGCUGGCACCGAAGAAGAACGAUGAAUUUGAGGUCCCGUAUGCCGGCCGAGUGCUGCGGACUCAUUCCGGAAAAACACUCAUUGUCGACGACGAUGGCAAUGAGACCUGGGUCACCGAUAGUGAGGUCAUCAAGCCGAUUCAUGUCACGUCACAAAGAACGGUAGAUGAUAUGAUAACGCUGGGAGAUCUACAGGAGUACGCCAUUCUGCGCAAUCUGAUUGUCCGCUAUCGUCAGAAGCAAAUUUAUACCUACACCGGUAGCAUGUUGGUGGCGAUAAAUCCGUACGAGAUCUUGCCAAUAUAUACGUUCAACGAAAUCAAUUUGUACAGGGAAAGAAAGAUUGGAGAUCUACCGCCACAUAUCUUUGCGAUUGGUGAUAGCGCGUAUCAGGAGAUGCGUCGGGAUGGUAGAGAUCAAUGCAUUGUGAUUAGUGGUGAAUCUGGGGCUGGUAAAACAGAGAGUACUAAGCUGAUUUUGCAAUACCUGGCGGCGACUAGUGGGAAGCAUUCGUGGAUUGAACAGCAGAUAAUCGAGUCCAACCCGAUAAUGGAGGCAUUUGGAAAUGCUAAGACAGUGCGCAAUGAUAACUCGUCUCGCUUUGGAAAGUACAUCGAUGUUCACUUUAACAAGGAGGGGGUUAUUGGUGGCGCGAAGAUUGACCAAUAUUUGCUAGAAAAGUCAAGGAUUGUGGGACAGAAUAAGGGUGAAAGAAAUUAUCACAUAUUUUACUCGAUGUUGGCAGGGUUGAGCAAAGAAGAAAAGAAACUGUUGGAGCUAGAGGAUGCUUCAAAAUAUCACUAUCUGACUCGAGGACAAACGCUCAUUUGCGAUGGACGUAGUGAUGCUGGCGAAUUCGCUGACGUACGAGCUGCUAUGAAAAUGCUCUCUUUUACUGAUCGAGACAUCUGGUCGGUUCUGAGCUUAUUGGCUGCUAUUCUUCAUCUAGGAAAUAUCAAGUAUAAGGCCACGGUUGUACAGAACAUGGAUGCGGUUGAGGUGAACGACAAUGUGAAUGUAUCUAGAAUUUGUAAUUUGUUGGGAUUUGCAAAGAAUGCGUUGGUACACGCCCUUACACGGAGGACCCGUAUUGCUCAGGGUGAGCGUGUGGUAUCGCAAAUUUCCAAAGAACAAGCACUGGAAGCCAGAGAUGCAUUUGUGAAAGCCAUCUACGGCAAGAUUUUCAUAAUGAUUGUAGAUAAGAUAAACAGUGCGAUCUACAAGUCGUCACCAAAGUCACGUAUUUCAAUCGGUGUUCUGGAUAUUUUUGGAUUCGAACAGUUCGAAACAAACAGCUUCGAGCAGCUGUGCAUCAACUUUGCAAAUGAAAAUUUACAGCAGUUUUUCGUUAAACAUAUUUUCAAGAUGGAGCAAGAAGAGUACACCCGGGAAGGAAUCAACUGGAAAAACAUAGAGUUUAUCGACAACCAAGAAGUGUUAGACAUGGUCGGAAUGAAAGCUCUUCAUAUAAUGGCACUGAUAGAUGAGGAAACUCGUUUCCCGAAAGGAACGGACAGCACAAUGCUUUCCAAAUUGCACUCCACCCAUGGAACGAAAAGAAUCUAUCGAAAACCAAAGUACGACAAUGUGCCAUCGUUCGGGGUGCAGCAUUUUGCUGGGACGGUGUUUUAUAGUGUGAAUGGAUUCCUGGAGAAGAAUCGAGACACAUUCAGUCCUGAUUUGAAGGAGCUGGUCACUAAAAGUAGUAACGAGUUUUUGGUUAAGUUAUUUGGAUCAGAUGAUGCGUUGGAUACUAGUAAAAGAUCCAUUACAUUAUCACUACAGUUCCGUAACUCGUUGGAAGCUUUAAUGCGAACGCUUUCUUCGUGCCAUCCGUAUUUCAUCCGAUGCAUCAAACCCAAUGAGCUAAAGAAACCAAAAGUUAUAGACAAUGCUUUAUGCGUCCGACAGCUGAGAUAUUCUGGUAUGAUGGAAACUGCAAAGAUAAGGAAGGCAGGAUACGCUAUUAGGCAUAGUUACCAUGAGUUCGUUAAUCGCUACAGACAUUUGGGCAAGAAUAUCGGCCCUGCUCAUAAAGUUGAUUGUAUUACAGCAUCCAAACAAAUCUGUGUACUUGUUUUGGCUGCCAUUCCAGAUGACUAUCAGUUUGGCAAAACUAAAAUAUUCCUCAAAGAAAGUCACGAUGCGCUGCUAGAAUCAGAGCGUUCGAGAAUUUAUCUUCAUUACGUUGUGUUAAUCCAACGAGCCUUCCGUCGUGUGCUAUUCUUCAAGUUCAUCCGAAGAUAUCGCUGGGCAGCUGUUACAAUACAAAAACAUUGGCGAGCACGUGGCUAUCGAUCCCACUAUUUGAUCAUGGUAAAUGGUUAUCGAAGAUUGCAAGCUGUGGUGAAGUCACGCGAAUUGACGUAUAAAUUUGGCAGACUACGAGAGGCCAUUAUACAUCUGCAGGCUCACUGUCGUGGUUAUCUGACUCGUAAAAAUCUAAGAGAUAAAAUUACUCACAAAGCGAAACGCAUGAAUGAGCUGUUGGCUCUUAAACGAAGGGAAGAAAUGCAGUUUAAGCAAUCUGGGAACAAACGCUGGCGAGAGGAUGCUGAACAGAAUUAUUGGAUUCGUGUCGACGAGCUAAACCAGGAAUUGGCCUUAGAAGCAGAAAUGCGAAAACCCGUUGUAAUCUCUCAACCAUAUCAGUCCAUCGAUGUAGAAGAAAAUAAUAAGGUUGUAGACGACGUUUUCGGAUUUCUAAACGAUUCGAUGAGUCCUGAGCCAGUUCCGAAGCGAAAGCCAUCCUUUGCCGAAAACGCAACCACUGAAACCAUCUCGUUUAGCAAUGGUGAAAAUUUUCCCUACCGCGAGGAUUUAUCCGAUUAUAAUUUCGCCAAGUACGCGGCCACGUACUUCGCCAACAAUGCGUCUUAUCAGUUCAGUAAACGCAAGCUUAAAUCCUCGCUGCUAGAUUUACCCAGCCCGGCCGACACCAUUUCUGCACAGGCCCUUUGGAUUACGAUUUUACGCUUCAUGGGAGAUAUGGCAGAUGCGCGGUACGAAGAGGAUAGUGAAGAAGCCAAACAUAAGCCUGUCAUGCAAAAGCUUACCGUCACAUUGGGGCGCGCUUUUGCCAAGACGAAAGAUUUUCAGACCUUUCAACAGAAGCUGUCUGAGCAUGAGCGGAAGUUGAUCCACAGGACGUUGAAACGGAAGACGAAAAUUCCUGCCGAGUUAAAGGCAAUUGUGGAGAACACCGAUGAAAUUGCCGAUUAUCAGGAAUUCCUGAACACAAGGAACUCCAAUUUGGAUAAGCUACAUUUCAUAAUCGGGCAUGGCAUUCUGAACAAGCAGUUGAGAGAUGAAAUCUACUGCCAGAUUUGCAAGCAGCUGACGAACAAUCCGAGCUCCACGUCACAUGCAAAAGGGUGGAUCUUGCUUUCACUCUGCGUAGGGUGUUUUCCACCUUCGGAACGAUUUGAAAAAUAUUUGAGAUGUUUCAUUCGGGAAGGUCCGCAGCUGUACGCUCCUUUCUGCGAGCAUAGGCUAGAUAGAACGAUACAAAAUGGAGCAAGACGUCAGCCUCCUUCUUGGUUGGAGUUACAGACAACAAAAAGCAAGAAGCCGAUAAUGGUUCCCGUUACAUUGAUGGAUGCUACGAGUAAGAAUGUGGAAAUUGAUUCGGCUACUACAGCAGAGGAGAUGUGUUUAAAGAUAGCUAACAACAUCGGGUUGAAAGAUGAUUUCGGUUUUUCAAUUUUUGUAAUGCUACAGGACAAAGUAUUGCCUCUGCAAAGUGGACGUGAAUUCAUUAUGGAUGCGAUUUCUAACUGUGAACAGUAUGCAAAGGAGCAAGGGGGAAAUGAGCGUGCUGCCACUUGGAAGAUAUUUUUCCGGAAAGAGAUGUUCGCUCCAUGGCACGAUCCGACCGUUGAUGCGAUUGCUACCAAUUUGAUCUACGCUCAGGUUAUACGGGGACUGAAUUUAGGAGAACUGGUUAGCACUUCCGAUAAAGAUAUUGCAAUGUUGGCAGCGCUGCAGUAUUAUGCGGAUUAUGGUCAUGAGUUGAAUGUUAAGACACUACAGGAUCGACUGAAGGAUUACUUGCCAAGAAAUUUGGUCCGAUCGGAAACGGCGGCUCGUUGGGUUCAGUUGAUAGAGUCGGCUUUCAAAAGAAGUCGUUGCGUGAAGGAAGGUUUACAGCGAAUAAUGGCCAAGGAAGACAUCGUACUGUUUGCAAAACUUACCUGGGGUAUGAUGUUUUCGCGAUUCUACGAAGCGGUUCAAAUCGAUGGAACUAAGCUUCCGUCUAGUAAUUUGAUCAUUGCGAUCAACUGGUCUGGAAUUUUCUUUGUGGAUGAUCAGGAACAGGUAAUGGUUGAAUUGUCAUACCCUGAAAUAAUGCAAAUUGACAGUGAAGAUGGUGACUCAAAUGAAGUAGGAACACUGUUCAUCAGCACCAUACAAAAGGAGGACUACGUAUUCAAAUCAUUUGAAGCCAAACCGCUAACCGACCUGGUUAAGUAUAUACUGAAAGAAUUGUCCAACAAAAGUCUAUACGUGGUAGCGGUUCGUUCCCACAGCAGUGAGGAUAACACUGAGUCAAUGUUGAGUUUGUUGAAAGGGGAUUUAGUAACCCUAGGGCAGGGAUUCACGGGAGAGUCAAUUUUAGCAGAAGAUGCCACGUGGGGUUACGGGGAGUCGAAUGGAAAAACUGGUUACUUCCCAACUGAGGUUGUCUACGUACUACCGACAAUCAUGCCGCCGUCAGCGAUGGUGUUGAAUCACUUCAGGAGAGAAGGAGUGCUGAAGCCUAGGAAACACGCCUCUCCAAAGUAUAACACGAUACAGAGAAGACGGAUGUACACCUUACAGCGAUAUAGUGUUGAACACUUUAGAGCACCGAUAAGUUUGGCGUCUUCGUCUGCCACUUUGAACAGCGUACGAAAAUCCACUUCCGAGGAGCUGUGGAGGCACACGCGAGAACCGAUGAAGGCACCACUGUUGCAGAAGCUUCAGCAAGACAAAUCCAGAGCUGAUACUGCUGUUGGAAUGUUCACAUGGAUCCUCAAGUACAUGGGUGACCUACCAAAAGGACGUGAGAUGGUGGAUACGAACAAGAUCUUUUCACCGGCUUUGAACGAUGAUAUACUAAGAGAUGAGUUAUAUUGCCAGAUUAUGCGUCAGCUGACUGAAAAUCAUAUCCAAAUCAGCGAAGAACGUGGAUGGGAUCUCUUAUGGCUAGCCACCGGAAUAAUGCUACCGAGUCAACAAGUACAGAGAGAAUUGUUUGAAUUUUUGAAGACCAGGAAGCACCCAAUUGCCGCCGAAUGCCUUGGUAGAAUCCAGAAAACUAUGAAGCUCGGCCACAGGAAGUACCCACCUUACAUAGUAGAAGUGGAAGCAAUUCGUGUUAGAACGAUAGAAAUCUAUCACAAAGUAUACUUCCCAGAUGAUACAGAUGAAGCUUUCCAAAUUGAGUCAUCUACCAAAACUAAGGACUUGGUACAGACCAUAACCAAGCGUUUGGAAUUGAAAUCAAGUGAAGGUUUCAGUUUAUUCAUAAAGAUCGGCGAUAAGGUAUUCUCCAUCCCUGAGGAAUACUUUAUUUUUGACUUUAUAUAUGAAUUGAUGGAAUGGAUACGGGAUACUCUUCCUUCAAGAUCGAAUGAAAAUCGUGUUCAGUGUGAGUACCAGCUGUUCUUUAUGAAGAAGCUGUGGAUCAAUGUUGUUCCAGGCAAGGAUCCGUGUGCAGAUGAAAUGUUCUAUUUCUAUCAGGAAGUACCGAAGUUUUUGCAAGGAUACUAUAAAGUUUCCAAACAAGAAGCAGUCGAUCUCGCUGCACACAUAUUUUGGGCUAUCUACGAAGAGACAGACAAGCAGUUGCUUCAAAAAUCCUUUCCUGAAAUGAUGCUAUCGCUGGUCCCGGAAGAUGCCAUUAGAAUGCAAAAAGCAGAACAUUGGAAGAGGGAAAUAAUUGCAAGGGUGAAUUCCUUAAACGGUAUCACCCAAUCCAAGGCAAAACUGGAGUUCCUGAACAUUGUUCACAAAUUCCCCAUGUUUGGAUCGACUUUCUUCGUCACCAAACAGACUACGGAUCAGAACCUUCCCGAUACACUACUGAUUGCAAUCAACAAACAUGGAUUUAAUUUGAUUGAUCCACGCACAAAAGACAUUUUGACUCAGCACAGUUACAUGGAACUUAACUUUUGGAGUUCUGGAAACACAUACUUCCACAUCAAAUUCGGAAACAUGAUGGGAUCGUCCAAGCUGCUUCUGGAGACAAAACAAGGAUACAAAAUGGAUGAUCUGCUGACAUCUUACAUUAGACAUUUUAAAACACAAGCUCAAAGAAACUAGUCCAUACGUUUUCAAUAUCACAAAUUGUUAUUAUCCUUAAAUAAAAGCAUUAUUAAUCUCAAAAGUA